CAUCACUCUCACCCUCACGCCGUCUGUCUCGUCCUGUCUUCAUAAGAACCCCGAGUGAGAGCAGCAAUGUGUAAGGAGAGCCAAGAACAUCCAAACAUAUCAACCCGAUCAGUGCGUUGCUGAGACAGAAGAGCGUGAUGAGCAGCAGCGCCCGCCCUCAUCAUACGGCAAGGAUAUAAUCGUUAGCAGUUUAGGGAGUCAAACCGACGAUUGCAGGAUGAGAUCUCUGACCGAUGCCUCUGCACGAUGGCAAGAGACUCUCAAGCACAGCUCCAGUUUAGCAGAUCUGCAGAGAGCCGUGAAACACAAUGCGUCCGAUAGUCCGUGUAUAGUGGGAUGCAGGUCUGUCUGUUGGAAGGCCUUUUUGCUGAACCAGACGACGCUCACUGAUAGCAACUGGACUCAUGCGCUCCUCGAGUCACGUAGUUCUUAUACUUCUCUGAGAGAACAUUUCUUGAAAUACUGCAAACAUCCGGAAUAUCUCAACGCAGGAAACUCGGAUCCGCUGGCGGAUGAUGCAAAUUCGCCCUGGAACACAUAUCGUCAGGACGAGAUCUCGCGUGCCGAGAUCCUUCAAGAUGUCCAACGCUUACCCGAUGAGCCGUUCUACCACCAGCCACACAUCCAGACACUCAUCACGGAUGUUCUCUUCAUCUACUGCAAACUCAACCCUGAUGUCGGGGGUUACCGCCAGGGUAUGCAUGAGCUUCUGGCGCCAAUAGUCUACGUCGUCGAGCAAGAUGCGAUUGAUCCCGCAGACGCCUUGUCUGGUGCUGCUGGUGAUUUGACUAUGGUGGAGAUGUUGGAUGCUUCGUUCAUUGAACACGACUCUUUUGCUCUAUUCUCAAAGGUCAUGGACUGCGCAAAGGCGUUCUACGAAACCGGCGAGUCUGCAGAUAACGCCGGGAAUGCCGCUUUUGGCAUGCAGUCGACAAAAUCUUCAAUUGUUGAAAAGAGUCAGUAUAUACACGAGGUCUGCCUACACAAAGUCGACCCGGAAUUAUCAGCUCAUCUUAAGAACAUCGAGGUUCUACCGCAGGUUUUUCUCAUUCGCUGGAUCCGGCUUCUAUUCAGUCGCGAAUUCCCGUUUGAUCAGAUGCUCGUCCUGUGGGACAACCUAUUUUCCAUAGAUCCAACUUUUAAACUUAUAGACCUUAUUUGCACCUCCAUGUUAUUGAGGAUAAGGUGGGAUUUGCUCGAGGCAGACUAUAGCGUAGCUCUCCAACUUUUACUCAAAUACCCAAUUCCACAUCCUCCCAACGGGCCGCACACAUUCAUAGACGACGCGGUCUACUUACAGGAUCAUCUACAUACCUCUGGAGGCGCAACUUUAAUAACAAAAUACACUAGACGAGCCCCGAAUUCCCCAACUCUCUCAUCACCACCAACAACGCCAAGAGGGAAUGCCCCAAGUCUCCGACAAAAGUUCGCGGGCGCCCGAUCUCCACUCUCGUCACCACGCUUCCGCCCACCGCCAGGGGGUGUUGAAGCUUUCUUCGGCGCGGCUAAGAACGUGCUUGAGCAAGGCGAGAGACUAGGCAUCAAUCAGGCCGUGCGGGACGCAAUGGUCGAGAUCCGCCGUAAUGUCCACGAGGCCAAGACCUCGAUGAAGACGAGUAGGGACCUCUUCACCGAGCCGCGGCCGAACACGGCGAUUCGCGCCGUCGCCGUCAUGGACCGGAGGAAUAAACAGCUUGCGGCGAUGCUCGACGAGCCGAUAGCUUCCCUCAGGGCCGUGAGCUCGUCAGGCGAGGACGCUCUUGAGGCCGCUAUAGCCCGGCUUCAGUUCAUCAAGGUAUACCUCGAGGACUCGACGCUAGCCCUUCCAGACGAUGACCAAGACGCUCCGUCUUCACCCAGACAAGCAGAGAGAAAAGUCGAUUCCGAACCGCUAAGUAACGCCGUGGCUGCAAUGGCGUUGAACACGCCUAUGGUCCUCGACUCGCCGAAUCCCAGCGUUGGCGAAACCCCAAAGGCAACAACGCCAGUACUCGAUCAGCACGACACAGCAACAACAAUUCCAAAACUCAAACCCGAAACUUCCGCCGAUAAAAUGGACACAGACCCCCUCGGCGUCGAACCCUCCAACACAGUCCAAACCCUCCAGCGGCCCCAACCCCCAAUCCCAACGCGCUCCACGCUCGCGCAAUCUUCGUUUUCAUGGAUGUUAGAACCCGACAUCUCAUCCUCUUCCUCAUCCUCACAAAACCCAUUCAACAAACCCUCAUCCUCCUCCUCUUCAUCUUCCAUGUUCGGCCCUCCAAACCCAGGAUCAAGAAGAGACAGUUCCAACCCGCACCACCGCAAGAAGCCUUCGGCAAGUCGCGAGCGCACGGCCUUCUUAUUCGGCGAGGUCCCCUCGGACGCCGAAGGGAAUGCCAUUCGCGAGGAGGAUAUUUUCGGGCUGGAACCGCUUGGGAAGAAGGGGGGUGUUAGGAGAUAGAUGAGAUUGGGCGAGAUGAGAUGAUUGAUGUGAGAGGAUAGGACGGGAGAGGAUAUUUGGUGGGUGUAUAUAUAACAUGCAAUAUGCAGUAUGCGUAGAAAGGAAGAAAAAAGAAAGAAAGAUAAAUCAUAUGAAGUACCAGUACUUAAGUAGAAUUUCUCAGCAUAAAGGGGGAGAUGGAUGGAUGGAUGGAUGGAUUGGG